GUCAUGGCCGCUCACUGAUGACACUUGCAGCACAUGGGCAGAAAUUAAACGCAUCGCAUCAAGAACUGAAUGACAGCGGAGCUCACGAACCCUUUACGUUUCACAUUUAAAGCCGGAGCUGCUGCUGAGCGACGUAACGCCCGUUGUAUCUAUAUUUUAACGGAGAAUUAAUGAUGCUGGAGUUGGAAGCUGCUGUUUUGGGCGGACUGAGUCCAGACUGGAAACAGAGCGGCAUCAGCACCACAGAUGGAGGGCCGUUGCUGCAGCUGGUAUUUGAGGGAGAUUUUAAAGCUGUGCUCUUCAGCUCUGCAGUGCAGGGGCUCCUGGGAGGUCCACCUGAAGAGGGCGACAGCAUUGAGGCCUGGCUGGAGAGACAGGUGAUCUCUUAUCUGAGCAACAGUACUGAAGAUGAAAGGAAUGACAGAGAAAUUGUUUUGCUGGCCUUGGCUGUUGGUUCUCUGAACCUUUUCGCCCAGAGUAAUUGGACCGGGCCGCCAGUUGAGCUCCAGAUCUCUGAUUUCCUGCCUGAGACCUUACUACAAAACUUCUCACAGCCUGCGGCCCUGAGCACAGCUGUGUUGUCCAGUCUUCAGUUGGAUGGAGAAUGUGUCUACAGUCUGGUGUCCAACCCUCUUCUUCUUCUGCUGACCAGAGUCAUACUUGUCAACUGUGGAGCCAAACUGGAGCGCCUUCAGUUGAUGCCCUGGUGGACUUUGCGAUAUGUCGCUCUACAUCAGCAGAUACUAGAGGAAAGAUCUCCGGAGCUCCUGAACCUGGCGCUCAGCUGCAUAGAGAGAGUGUGCAAAUGCGAGGAGUUGUUUGACAACAUCACGCAAAGGAAUCUGGCCAUUCAGUUACACCUGGAGUGCAGUUACACCUGCCUGACCUACUAUGAGUAUCGCAGGGCCAAACAACACUUACAGAUGGCCCAAAAUCUAACGGGACUGGACGUUAACAUGACAGGUGCGCUAGGAAAAAGAACGCGUUUUCAAGAGAACUUUCUUGCACAGCUCAUCUUGGAUGUGAAACGAAAGGAAGAUUCACCUGUUUCUAAAUCCCAGAGCCCCUCACUUUCACCCACACCCAAAGAAGACUUACCAAAGGAUCAUCAGCUGAGUGAUGAUACAGUCCUGAACCAGAUUAACCUAGCGGACCCUUCAGAACAUGAACUCCCAGAUCUCAGCGCAGAGGAACAGGCCCUUAUACUGGCAGUAUGCAUAGACUUUCAGAAGAACAAUCCUGUUCACAAACUAAAUGAUGAGGAACUCCUCGCCUUCACAACGUGCUUGCUGUCUCAACCGAAGUUUUGGGCGGUGGAAGUGACGUCGUUGUGCUUGAGGACUAAACUGGAGAGAAGAAACUCACGAAGAGUUGAACGUGCCAUGAUGCAAACACAGGCGCUGGUGGAUUUCUUCAGUGAGAAGAAUUGUGACGUGACUGAAAGACUGAAGAUGUUUUACACCUGCAGGGCUCCGCCUCUUUGGGAUCUGCAGAGACAGUUGGCGAGUCUGUUGACUGAUUUGGGGCUGACGAGUUCUGCACUGCUGAUCUACGAGCGGCUGGAGCUGUGGGAGGACGCGGUCGUCUGUCUGGAGAGGAUGGGCCAACACGGCAAGGCAGAGGAGAUUUUAAGGCGGGAACUAGAGAAAAAGGAGACCCCGUCUCUCUACUGUCUGUUAGGAGAUGUGCUGAAGGAUCCCAACUAUUACGACAGAGCUUGGGAGCUUUCCAAACACCGCAGUGCACGCGCCCAAAGGUCCAAAGCUUUACAUCAUCUACGAAACAAAGAGUUCCAGCAGUGUGUGGACUGUUUCGAAAGAUCCCUUAAAAUCAACUCCAUGCAGCUGGGCGUGUGGUUCUCCCUGGGUUGUGCGUAUUUUGCUCUGGAAGGUUACGAAGGGGCCGCCAGAGCUUUUCAGAGGUGCGUCGGGCUGGAGCCAGAUAAUUCAGAAGCAUGGAACAACCUCUCCACAGCGUACAUUAAACUGAGAAUGAAGGAGAAGGCGUUCCGCACUCUUCAGGAAGCACUCAAGUGUAAUUAUGAGCGAUGGCAGAUCUGGGAGAAUUUCAUCGCUGUGUGUAUAGACCUGGGCGAGUUCAGUGAAGCUAUCAGAGCGUACCAUCGGCUCAUGGACCUAAAGGACAAAUACAAGGACGUGGAGGUGUUGGAAAUCCUUGUACGUUCUGUAGUUGAGAACCUGACAGAUCACCAUGGUGACAAGGCAUCUAAUCUUAAAUCUAAAUUACAAGAGCUCUUUGGUCGAGUCUCUGCCCGCUGCAGCACAGAUGCCCAAAUAUGGAGGCAGUACGCUCAUCUCUACGGCGAUGGCCAUAGCAACAACCUAGAAGACAAUGAGAAGGCACUACAGUUCUUAAGUAAAGCCCAUCGGUGUGAGACACAGGCCGCAGGCUGGGAGAAAGACCUCAGCAGCUUCAGAUCUGUAGUGAAAGGAGCCAGAGACAUGGCUAAUGUGGCUAUCAGCUGUAGCAGAUCUAAGCAAAAUCCUCAAGAAGGUCUGCAGUUAUUGUCUUCAGCUCGACUCAGUCUGAAGAGUCUGGUCACCAAAGCUAAACAACUUUACACUGAUGUUGCCACAGGGGAACUUCAAGAUGAUGUCAUAGGUGACAUCACAGGCCUUGAGCAGCUUAUCACAGAGCUGCAGGACCUGAGUGCACAGCUCCGUAGCCCAUGAGCAAUACUAAUGUUAUCCAGCCUUCGAUUGGUUAAUCAGUAUUUUAACAUCAUGUUUUACACAAGAACUCAUCUGGAGAAGUUUUUAUGGCUCAGGACUUCUGUUCAAAGUCAAUCGUCAACUGGUAGAAAACAGAAAGAAAAGCCUUGGGAAAUGAGAUCAACAUAAAAUGAUCUUGGAUCAGUCGUCUUUAUCCUAAUCCGAAGAUCCUUAAUCACAUGAUCUGUGAUUCCAUUUAAUUGAAUUUCCUACGCCUUAUGUAUAACUGUGCCUCUCUCCAAUUUAAUAAUAAAUACGCAUAUCUUUCUUAUAUAA